AUGGUGUUUGGACACAACCACAGAAAGGCCCGCAGGCUUGCCCAGCAGGUGCAGACCAACUUGCCUGAUCUGGAUAUAGAUCUCGCCUCAAUCGAGGAUGCUACGGCGCAUAGCACUAUGUUAUCGGAAGAUGAGCAGCGGGAGCGAAUAAUGCAACAAAACGAUCGCCGCGAACGCUAUGAACUAGCCUGCAUGAAGCUAGAGGUUGCAUUCAACAACGAAAUGGGACCUCAUACUGCGCUACAAAACGAAUUGGAAGAGAUCAGACGUCAAAACACCCAGAGAAGUGAGCUGUGCCGCCAGCAUAGAGAAGAAGUGUUUGCCCUCGAGAAAAGUGUUGUGGCCGCGAACGCUGUGUGGAAUGCUCGGGUUGUCGCCAACGGUCAGGCAUUGACCUCUGAAAUUGAUUUAACAAAACCUCUCGGCUUGAAACGCAAAACUUUUGGUACGAGAUCACCACUCAAAGAAGCUAGUCUGAAUGGUCGCUGGCGCGUUCAAGAACCCGAGGGCACUUAUAAAUGA